AUGAGCCAACAGCCGGCGGGGAAGAUGUCGGCGGCUCCCCUGGCGGCCGAGGCGCUGGAGCCGGCGGCGGGGAUGCUCGAGGGCCGCCAGAGGAAGCUGGAGUCCAUGAUCCGCGACCCGCGCUCCCCGGUCAACGUGGAGAGUCUGCUGGAUGGCUUGAAUUCUUUGGUCCUUGAUCUGGAUUAUCCAGCAUUGAGGAAGAACAAGAACAUUGAUAAUUUUUUAAAUAGAUAUGAGAAGAUUGUGGAAAAAAUACGAGCUUUACAAAUGAAAGCUGAAGACUAUGAUGUUGUUAAGGUGAUUGGAAGAGGGGCUUUUGGAGAAGUGCAGCUGGUUCGCCAUAAAAUGACACAGAAGGUUUAUGCGAUGAAGCUCCUUAGUAAAUUUGAAAUGAUCAAAAGAUCAGAUUCAGCCUUUUUCUGGGAAGAAAGAGAUAUCAUGGCCUUUGCCAACAGCCCGUGGGUGGUUCAGCUAUUUUGUGCCUUUCAAGAUGACAAAUAUUUGUACAUGGUAAUGGAAUACAUGCCAGGUGGAGAUCUUGUAAACCUUAUGAGCAAUUACGAUGUGCCUGAGAAAUGGGCCAAAUUCUACACAGCUGAAGUUGUUCUUGCUCUUGAUGCAAUUCACUCCAUGGGCUUGAUACACAGAGAUGUGAAGCCUGACAAUAUGCUUUUAGAUAAGUAUGGGCAUCUGAAGCUGGCAGAUUUUGGCACUUGCAUGAAAAUGGAUGAAACAGGAAUGGUGCGCUGCGACACAGCCGUGGGGACUCCCGACUACAUCUCGCCUGAAGUCCUGAAAUCGCAGGGGGGUGAUGGCUAUUAUGGACGGGAAUGUGACUGGUGGUCUGUAGGGGUUUUCCUUUUUGAGAUGUUAGUUGGCGAUACUCCUUUUUACGCAGACUCUCUAGUAGGAACAUAUAGUAAAAUUAUGGAUCAUAAGAACUCAUUGCAUUUCCCUGAUGAUGUGGAAAUCUCCAAGCAUGCAAAGAACCUUAUCUGUGCCUUUUUAACUGAUAGGGAUGUGCGACUUGGGAGAAAUGGGGUUGAAGAAAUAAAGCAUCACCCUUUCUUCAGAAGUGAUCAGUGGAACUGGGACAACAUUCGAGAGACUGCUGCUCCUGUUGUUCCUGAGCUUAGCAGUGACAUAGAUAGCAGUAAUUUUGAUGACAUUGAGGAUGACAAGGGAGACGUGGAGACCUUUCCAAUCCCCAAAGCCUUCGUGGGAAACCAGCUGCCUUUCAUAGGAUUUACCUAUUACAGAGACAAUUUGUUGCUAAGUGACUCCUCUCAGUCUUGCAGAGAAAACGAAUCUGUGCAAUCUAGUAAAAAUGAGAAAAUGCUAUCCAAAAACAUCUGCUCCAGUGGAAAGUCUCUGGCUACAGAGCACAACAAGGGGCCGUUUCAGAAAAAACUAAGCAAGCUAGAAGAACAGCUCAGUAAUGAAUUACAAGCCAAAGAUGAACUAGAACAGAAGUACAGGUCUACAAGUGUUCGUUUAGAGAAGAUAGCGAAAGAGCUCGAUGAAGAGAUAACUUCAAGGAAGAAUGUAGAGUCUGCAGUCAGGCAGUUAGAGAGAGAGAAGGCUCUCCUUCAGCAUAAGAAUACAGAAUACCAGAGGAAAGCAGAACAUGAAGCAGAUAAGAAACGCAAUUUGGAAAAUGAGGUUAACAGUUUGAAAGACCAACUUGAAGAUUUAAAAAAGAGGAAUCAGAACUCUCAAAUAUCCAAUGAAAAAAUCAAUCAACUACAAAGACAGUUGGAUGAAGCCAAUUCUUUGCUGCGGUCAGAGUCUGAUACUGCAGCCAGGUUAAGGAAGAACCAGACAGAAAGCACAAAGCAAAUCCAGCAGCUGGAAAUUAAUAAUAGAGAACUACAAGAUAAGAACUGCCUGCUAGAGAAUGCAAAACUCAAACUGGAGAAGGAGUAUCUCAAUCUUCAGUCAGCUCUAGAAUCAGAAAGGAGAGAUCGAAGUCAUGGAUCAGAGAUUAUCAGUGAUUUACAAGGUCGAAUAUCUAGCCUUGAAGAAGAAGUGAAAAAUGGAAAGAGUGCAUUAGCCAAACUGGAAAUGGAGAAAAGGCAAUUGCAGGAAAAGCUCACAGAUUUAGAAAAGGAAAAGAGCAACAUGGAAAUAGAUAUGACAUAUAAAUUUAAAGUUAUGCAGCAGAACCUUGAACAAGAGGAAGCUGAACAUAAAGCCACAAAAGCACGAUUAGCAGACAAAAAUAAGAUCUAUGAGUCUAUAGAGGAAGCAAAAUCUGAAGCCAUGAAAGAAAUGGAAAAGAAACUUUUGGAAGAGAGAGCUUUAAAGCAGAAAGUAGAAAAUCGGCUGUUGGAAGCUGAGAAGCAGCGCUCCAUGUUAGACUGUGAUCUCAAGCAAUCGCAGCAGAAGAUAAAUGAGCUCCUUCGGCAAAAGGAUAUACUGAGUGAAGAUGUAAAAAACUUGACAUUAAAAAUAGAGCAAGAAACACAAAAGCGCUGUCUCACUCAAAAUGACCUCAAGAUGCAAACACAGCAGGUCAACACCUUGAGAAUGUCGGAGAAGCAGCUAAAACAGGAGAAUAACCACCUUCAGGAAAUCAAAUUAAGUCUGGAAAAGCAAAACAAUGAACUCCGCAAGGAACGUCAAGAUGCAGAUGGACAAAUGAAAGAGCUUCAAGACCAGCUAGAAGCUGAGCAAUAUUUCUCAACUCUCUAUAAGACACAAGUUCGAGAACUUAAAGAAGAAUGUGAGGAAAAGACCAAAAUUUGUAAAGAAAUGCAGCAAAAGAUACAAGAGUUACAGGAUGAGAGAGAUUCCUUGGCUGCUCAGCUAGAGAUUACUUUGACAAAAGCAGAUUCAGAACAACUUGCCCGUUCCAUUGCUGAAGAACAGUACUCUGAUUUGGAAAAAGAGAAGAUUAUGAAAGAGCUGGAAAUUAAAGAGAUGAUGGCGAGGCAUAAACAGGAACUUACUGAGAAAGAUGCCACCAUAGCCUCAUUGGAGGAAGCAAAUAGGACGCUAACUAGUGAUGUGGCUAACCUUGCUAAUGAGAAAGAAGAACUAAACAAUAAACUGAAGGAAGCACAAGAACAAAUUACAAAGCUAAAAGAAGAAGAAGCAAAUGUAGGAAAUAUUAAAGCACAAUUUGAGAAACAGUUGUUGAAUGAAAGAACAUUAAAAACCCAGGCUGUGAAUAAAUUGGCUGAAAUCAUGAAUCGGAAGGGUCCAGUCAAACGUGGAGCUGACACUGAUGUACGGCGGAAGGAAAAGGAAAAUAGGAAGCUGCAUAUGGAACUGAAGUCUGAACGAGAAAAGUUAACCCAGAUGAUGAUCAAAUAUCAGAAAGAAAUAAAUGAAAUGCAGGCACAAAUAGCAGAAGAGAGUCAGAUACGGAUUGAACUGCAGAUGACUCUGGACAGCAAAGACAGUGACAUUGAACAGCUUCGUUCCCAGCUGCAGUCACUGCACAUUGGGCUGGACAACAGUAGCAUAGGCAGUGGACCUGGAGAGGCUGAGGCAGAUGAUGGAUUCCCUGUCCAUAUCACUCAAUCCCACACUAUGGAAUCCAUGUCCUUUACCUAUCAGCACUCCUCUACCUCUGUCAGUAUUGCCACUAAGCCUUCCAGUUCUCGCAUGCUUCUUGAUUCCGAUUCUGACUCAGAGGAAGAACCUUUGUCUUGUUCCCACAGCCCUACAGAAGUUGAUAGCACAGAAUCAAGAUUGGAAGGCUGGCUAUCAAUGCCUGUUAGAAAUAACACUAAAAAAUUUGGGUGGGUUAAAAAGUAUGUAAUUGUAAGCAGCAAGAAGAUCCUGUUCUAUGACAGUGAACAAGAUAAAGAGCAAUCUAAUCCUCAUAUGGUAUUGGAUAUAGACAAACUCUUCCAUGUCCGACCAGUCACUCAGACUGAUGUGUACAGAGCAGAUUCCAAGGAAAUUCCUAGGAUAUUCCAGAUCCUGUAUGCUAAUGAGGGAGAGAGCAAAAAGGAACAGGAAUUUCCUGUGGAGCCCAUGGGAGAGAAGUCAAAUUACAUUUGUCACAAAGGACAUGAGUUUAUACCUACUCUUUACCACUUCCCAACCAAUUGUGAAGCUUGCAUGAAGCCCCUGUGGCACAUGUUUAAACCUCCUCCUGCUCUGGAAUGUCGCCGCUGCCAUAUCAAAUGUCACAAAGAUCACAUGGAUAAAAAGGAAGAGAUUAUAGCGCCUUGCAAAGUGUACUAUGAUAUUUCUACGGCAAAGAAUCUACUACUGUUAGCUAAUUCUACGGAAGAACAGCAAAAAUGGGUGAGCCGACUGGUGAAAAAAAUACCCAAGAAGCCUCCAGCACCAGACCCCUUUGCUCGAUCUUCUCCCAGAACUUCCAUGAAGGUACAGCCGAACCAGUCCAUCAGACGACCAAGUCGACAGCUUCCUCCAAACAAGCCAAGAUUACUUGAUCUGGCAUUUAAGGACUGGGAUUGGUCCUUUGAUGAUGUUGAUGAUAUUGAUGGUGAUGAUGAUGAUGAUGACGAUGUUUUUGAUUUCUGAAGAAGUAUAAGGGCUAACUGCUUUCCGUGAAUGCAGACACAGUCAAGGUGAUAAUUUUCUUCCCAUUACAGCAAGACUGAAACAUAUCCCAAAAUAUAUUAAAAAUAUAUAUUUUCCUGAGAGAUUGUGCUAUAUAUAUCAGAGGUUUACAUUUUUGCUGCAAUAUAAAUUACUAAUCUCUGAGGGUUUUCCUGUAUUCUCCCAAGUGACUGAUCAGUUGAGGAAUGGUUGGUAAAUAGUCAAAGGAUAUGUUAGGUAACCUUUUAAACUCUGUUACACAAAAGCUUCCUUGUCAAGACACAUACACUACAUUUCAUAAAAGGAUCGAGAGGAAUGAGUAUUGAAGUGGAAGAAACUGACUUUGCAGCUUUCAUAAAGAUGCCACCAGCAUGUCUGCACGUAGAACCGGAGGAAGAUCCACCAUAGUGAUAUAGACUGCAUCUGUGAGAAGUGACCAUUAAACUGUGUAAAUAUAUUGUACUGUAAUACUGCAAGAGGGGUUUAAAAAUCUUUCCACUUUAUUUUUUUAUGCUUAUUAAUCAGAUACCGUUACUUAUUGCAGUUGCAACUAUGCACUUGUAUAAAGCCAUAAUGUUGACAUUUAUAUCAUUCAUACACAUCUAUCAGAAGCUGCAUGUCAGUGUUCAGCAGCUGGUGUAGGUUUGAAGUAUAUACUAGUUUCAGCUAGUUUCAUCAUGGGCAGUCCCUUUGUACCUGUCUAAUUGCCUUAAUUUAAAUUUAUUUUCAAGUUUUUUUUGCCCAUUCUUUCUAUUUAAGGAAAAAGAAAGUUUACCAGCUCUUAGGAUGCAGUUUUGCUUUGUGGCAGAAAAAAUAGUGCACUAUUUUUACACCUAUUAAGUAUAUCAGUGUCAACCUAUUUUGAAUGUAUAUCGACCGGUUUUAAGGGUGGAGAAGUGUUGGUUACAGAAACAAUGUCUGAGAGCAUGGGAUUUACCAGACCAUUUGCUUGUACAUGUAACUGCUCAUCCAGCCCUUUUUACAAACCUCAAUACUAGUUAUUGACUUAUAUUAACCCUCAUUAAGUGCUAUGAAACUUCAUUUUGCCUUGUUUUUGCAUACUCUUCUUGAUGUGGUUUUUUUAUUAUUAUUUCUGAAAAAUAAAAGAAUCUGUGACUAUUUUUACAUUUCACAACACAAUAUCUGAGGACUGUCACAAACUUUAAGAAAAGUGAAACAUACUGUAGAUGUAUUUUAAAGUUUUAAUCUGGUUCUCUAGCACAUAGCUGUAGGCAUAGAUAAAUAAUUCAGUAGUGUGUUUUGAGAACUUAUAGCUGGGAAGAAAGGGCCUCAGAGGCACUUAUUCUGACUUUUUUUUAAACUUGGAGUUGUACAAAAAAUAUAAUAUAUAUGGGCUCAUUCAUGAUGUGUUCAUAAUUAUCCCAGAAAUGCAUGUUUUAUACAACUACAGUAUGUGAUGGUAAACAUAUUGACAGUAAAAAAUGUAGUCUCCUAUUUGGUCUCUUUAUAUAUAUAUAAAUAUAUAUAUAUAUAUUUAGAAUAUAUAUAUAUAAAAUAUUGUGUGGGAGUGCAGUAAUUUAAAAUAUGAUCUAACACUUCAAUGAAGGAGGACAUUUCACUUUAAAAAUUUGUUUGUUUGUUUUUGUUUUUUAAAGAGUGUUGAAAUGUUUGGAAGGAUAGGACCAUGUUUUAUUUAACACUAUCAUGAAAGGUGGACUUGGAAACACUGAAAUACUGAAGAUUAAUAAAUAUAUUUACAUUUUGUAACCUCUACUACAGUUCAGCUUAACAAAGCAAGAAUGUAUUCAGUCUUCUAUUUAUGUGCUCACAAAGUGAAAUGUCGUUUGUGAGUUCUUAAAUUCAAAACUAAGACUUUCAUAUAAUUUCUGUUAGGUAUUAUAACCCAGAGCACAGCUACAGUGGUUUUUCCCUGCUUGUUUUGAUUUACAUAAGUACGGUAUAUUUUUAGAUAAUGCAGAUUUGCAUAGAGUACAACAUUAAAAAUGUAUACAGUAAAACUGUUUCCAUUCACUGAAUGCAUAAAUAUUUUAUAUAUAUAUACAAAAAAUGUUACAUUGUGGGAAGUUCUAUCCUUUUCUGAAUUGGAGAAUAUUAUAUAUAUAUAUAUAUUUUUUAAAUAAACUAUUUGAGUAAGGUAAAAUAGUUCCUGAACUUGAGAAGCUGGUAAUUAAUUGAAAUAUUUAAAUAUAAAGAUAACUUCUGCAGCAGAUAUGGGAAAGGCAAGGGCUGCUCCAAAGGCAGCCCAGCAAAGGCUGUGUGUAUGGAGGAAGAGCAGACUGCGGGGGAGCUGUUUGGCAGCUCCUCCCCUGCUGGGGCUGGAUCCUUUGCACUUUCUCUCCCUGGCUUGCCCUCAUGUACUGUGAAUCCACGGGGCCCUGCUAAGCCUGACAUUUUAGGAAAUGUACUAUAUGAUAGUAUUUGCUGGCCACAGUGUUUGAAUUCCAUGUACAAAAGGUCCUUAGCUGUACGGACAGCAGGCUGCACUGAGAUGGAGUGGGGAGCAGGACAGGCCUCGGGGAGCACUGGGCUCCUGUGCUCUGACCUCUGCUCAGAGCAGAGCUAACUUAGCACAGCUUUCCUCAAAGCCAGUGGGCUGAGGUGCACAAACCUCCCUUUGUACCCAGGACACAAAAGGCAGAGCUGCUCUUCUGUUCUUCUCCCUUAUCCUGCUGUGAAAUGCAAACACCUCUUUAAUGCUAGUUCCUGGAGUUUGUGUUGUUUCCUUAUGGUCUAGUGGUGACCUUUUAAUAUUUUUGAGAGAAGGGCAUAUUCAUGAACUAAGGUGUAUUUGUCUUGAAAGUCAAUGAUGUUUUAACAUUUUCUUUUUGUUACAGGCUUGUCCUAAGCAAACAGGACAUUUUUAUGGCCUGAAUGACUUACUUAUAGAAAAUUCUCUCCUUGCAAGUCCUUUUGUCUCACAAGAGUAAACAAGUGGUAUAGCCAAGCUGCAGAUUAAUCUUCUGGAAAAACCAGGGAUCAGACUUGGAGCCUGAAGCUCAAGGCUCUUGUACGGAAAUUCCUCCUCAGUUCCCAGUGCAAGAGCUCACCAGCACAGAAGGACAGGCAGACCCCAUUGGAAUUACCUUGUCAGGUGUCAGAAAGACCUUUCUGCAAUGAGAUUUCUACUUCUGUCCUAGUUGUGUGCUACAGUUUCCUACCUCUUGUGGUCCCUGCCAAAGUGCAGCCCCUCCCAGCACUGCCAGCAACCCAGCACCAAGUCUGCUUUUAACUAGAGGAAAACUAUGGUGGUUCUUGUGCUUCUGAGCAUGGCUGAUGCUGUAACCAAAAACAUGACAUAGAAUCACAGUAGGAUGUAGGACUUGGAAACAUGCAAGAGGCUCAAGGAUCUUAGCAGUGACAGGGGCCAAAUUUAAAACAUCACUGAAAUUUCAUUUACUUUCUCUUACUGCCUCUUGAAAACACUGAACCUCCUGCAUUUUGACAGGCAUUCAGUGGCUCUCUGAAGGCACCAAGGCCAGGAAAGCUGCCACUGAAAUUAUGGGCUUUUUCUCCUUAGUUUCUUUUUAGUUUCUAAUGUCAAGUGAUCAUUAGAAAUUUGAGCCUUUCUGUUUGUAAUCUUACAAUGUAUUAGUUUCCCAUCUAGCUUUGAGAGAAUCAUCCUUAGAAGACAAUUCUGAAUUUUGGUCCCAAGUGCCUUUUCCCAUCCUGUGCUUGCGAGGUUGUAUUUGGGAUGCUGCUGUGAAAAGGGGGAACUUAUAUGAAAGCAAACUUCUUACCUGCAUUGCUCAUACAAACCCUUAAUCACCUCCCUAUUCUGUUUCUGAGGCAGAAGAACAAACAGUACAAGGUCCAGUUCAGUGAACUGGAGUAUUUCAAUCUCGUCCACAUUCCUGGACAGUUUGCCUUGACAUUCAUGUUAAAAUAAUGAUUAAUUUAUUUUUUUCAUGUAAUCAUAGACUAUAUCAAGUUGGAAGGGACCUAUAAGGAUCAUCGAGUCCAACUCUCUGCUCCUCACAGAGCUGCCUAAAACUAAACCAUGUGACUAAAAGCAUGAUCUAGACACUCCUUGACCUCUGACAAGCUUGGUGCCUUUUUCAGUGCGUUACAGUUUUUUGCAAAUGAUCAUCUCUGCACAUGGUACACUUUAAAUUGAAAACAUUAUUUCUUAUUUUUUAAGACAAUCUUUUGAAUUAUUCAGGGUUCUGUCAGAAUCCCAAGGAUCAUACGGUUUGCCUGCUGCUUUGAAGUAUCCCUCAUGAGGGUGGGAAGGAGUCUUCUUUCUAAUCUCCAUAAAAGAUGUUGAUGGAGUGGUUCUGAAAAUACAAUUUGUGUUUGAUGUUGAAGUUGCCUUAAAAUUGGACAGGUGUACAUACUCAGACACUCUCAUCUGAGAAAUCAGACAAGUCUACUGCAAUGUGUGUGGCAGAGAAGAGCACUCAAAACACAUCCAGCCUAGUUCUCUCCAGAAACUACUGCAAUGAAUGGGAAAGCUGUAGCUGUAGAAACAUAGCUCUUAAGAAGUGGGAAUGUAGAGAAAAUAAUGUAUUGGCAUAGGGAUGCUAAUUACCAGGUCUUAUUAAUGAAAAUUGGGGUUUGGAAUCUUUGCCACUUUGUAGGCAGGAAGCCGUGUUUUAUAAAGGUAAGAAGGCCACAUUACUACUCGAUAUUGAAAGGGUGAAGCCUUGGAUUUGACUGCAGCUGCUUUUGCUCCAAUGAUCUUGCAGAAGCUGCAAGAUUAAAGUGAUCUUUCAAAAUGAAAGUCAUGGUGAAAGGUCACAAAAUUUCAAUUGUAAGUGUAUGUAGUCCUGAUACCUUAAAGAACUCUGGAAAAACACAUCAUCACCCUGAAAAGGGCAGAGAGUCCAAUAAUGUCAUGUCCCUGCAGCCAUUACUUGUUGGAGGAGCUGCACAGAAAUGCUUCCACAGCCAAGACAAGUGCAUGGGAUGCUUUAGUCCCACCACCUCAUUUUAAGGUCGAGGCCUUCAGUGUUUGUUCAGAGAUGUGUGCCUGCUUCUAUGCAUAGUCUUAUAUUGUCCCUGUGGGCCUCAUGUCAUGUAGUUCUUGUCAUUUGUUGUAACUCUUACAGGUGUUUUUUGCCCAGGAUGCUCUUGCACCACUUGGUAAGCAUGGCUAUCCAGCGAUAAGUACACCAGGCUUGUGAGAUCACAGCCAGUCUGCUUAGACUGCUUAGACUUAGGGCACUGAAUUGCCUUCAAUAUGUUCUACUUUUUAUUAACAAGUGAACCGGUAGAAACUUUUUUUUGGAGUUACCUGAGAUAUUAAAUCCCUUGAUCUUUUUAAGACUGAAGGAGCUGGGUACCCCACCUGAGGUCUGAGCCCUGUUUCAUAUUGGCUUGCCUUGCACUGUCUCUGACCUCAACUGUUCCAUUUUCUGGUAGGCUCUUGGAGCAGGUCUUGCAGCUGGGUGAAGGUCUGGCUGCACCUUCAGGACUUGAAUCUGCUUGCUGGAUCCCAUGGUCUCAUGUGUCUGCAUGAUGUUUUCCAGCACAUUACAAUCCCUGUGUCCUGGGGGCCACUGAGAUUCAGUAGGAUCCGUGUAGCCUUUAGCCCAAUCCGAAGCCAUGGGGGAAGGCUCCCCUGCCAGCUCUGUUCUGAGCUACAGCAAUGGGAGUUGAUUACUGCAAGGUGGGCAUUUGUGCAAACUAAAAAUAACCAACAAGGCUGAGAGAGGAAAAUGCCCAUGAGCUCAGAGUCCAUGAGGACUGUAAGGUAUGCUGACAGUGCAUUUCAUGGGGGAAAAAAAAAUCUCACAAAAUAAGUCAGACUCUUGAAAGACCACUCUACAGGAUCUUUAUAUAGUCAGCUGUUCAAAGGUGAAAGAAUUUCUCCCUAAACAUGCUUUAUGGAAGAUCAAUUCGUGCUUCAUUAAGAUUUACCUGACAGAGGCAACACUGAGGCAUAGGAUAUGUGUUAUUCUGUUUAUGAUUUUCAUAUGGUAUGAGUCUUGGUACUGCUGGCCAAAGUCUUCACAUUCCAAAGCAGAAAUCUUGUACAUUCCAGAGCAGGCAUAUGCACAGAUGACUUGCAAUUAUAAUAAGGCAGUAAGUAGAACUGAUUUUCAGCAUGGAGCCAUGUUACUACAGAGUUUGAAUGAGAAUCAUCAUUAGCCAACUUAACUUGUCACGUUUUAGACUGGUGCAGGUUCUGCCCUUUACAUCAUUUUCCAGAAUAAUUGACAGAUAAAACAAGGAGUCUGCCCUCUUAAAGCUCCCUCCCUGUGAGUCAGUGAUACCACAUAACAUGCAGAGGUACCGGUUUAGGCUUCUAACAAUUUAAGAAAGUUCUAAGAUGAAAUAAUGAAACAAUACAGGGUAUGAACAAAGUUGUGACAAUUCUUUAAACUGUUCUUCAGUUUAAAUUAAAUUUCAUCAAAACUAUGAUGUAAAAAUCUGUUAUUUUACCCCUGGCCCAAAGAUUGAUUUUUUUUUUUCCAAGAUAGACAUGGUUGCCCCAAACUACUGCCAAUGUAGAAUGGAAUAGCUGACACCUUUAACUUGAAAACAUCUGGAUGUCUGUCUUGCCAUUAGGCAGGAAACACCUGAGGUCUGUCAGGACUCAGGUCUUUGAGACUGGCAAGGUCUUGUAAUUGGAUACAUCACUAGUGAUGAUGUGUCAGAUUCUUACAGUGCUGUUCACUGUGGCUCCCAGGCACCUGUUUGACCUCAACAGUUGUCAUCACCGAGAACUCUGAACUGUCCUGGAGAACCCUGGCUCAAAAUCCAGCAAAUUAAAUUUAGUACAAGCCAAGAACUUUAGGACAUCCUAUUUUAAGAUUUUUUUUCCAGCUUCCUCACUUUCGUAAGUGAGACAUCCUUAGACCAUUAUUAGUGAUGAAAGUGACAGUUCGUGUUCUGCUUCAUACAUAAAUAUGAAUUUCAAGUAUGGAAGAAUUUGGAAGAGAGUGGAAAAACCAGCCUGAAGAGAAUUUGGAGGGAAGUCUUUAUUAUUUAUCAUCAGGGAAAAUACAUGGCUGGGAAACUACCUCAUUUCAGUUAUCUCCACAUCUGUGGAGUUUUUCAUUUAUAAUAGUUCCUUGUGUGGACUCAGCUGUUAUUUCCUUUUUUUAUUUUCCCCCAUUACAUAUGUCACUAAAUGGAUGAUUGUUUGGUGGAGGGAGAGUAAUUUUACCUCAUUUAAAGAAGUGAGUGAAGGUGUUCUGUAAGAUUGAAGCCAUUCAGUUAAUUCUGAAUUACUUUCUCCACAGUCAAACUCACUAAAAUCCAGCUCUCGAUCUGCAGCAGUUGGGGGCUGUCACUGCCUCCCCACCCCGCUCCUUUCUCUCGUGUUUCAGUAGAUCAGAUGAGCAGAGCCAGGAUUGGGAGCAGCCAAUGCACAGUGUAAGGCAGACAGAGGCUCGGGGGUCAGGCAGGAACAGGGACUCAUGAGCAGUCCAGGCAAUCGCAUCCCUGGCUGGAUUGGAGCAGCACAAGGAAAGACAUCUGUGUCUGCUUCGCACAGAAUGCCCAGUGCUAGGGGAGGCCCUUAGGGUGGGGAGAGGAUGGUUUUGCAUUUGUGUUCAGUGAUCUGUUCACUGAGGACAGUCCAGAAAAAAUGAACUGUACACCUCUUCCCCUGUCUACAUCCAUGUCCCGACCUGCAGCCUGCUGUCUCUGGACUCACAUCCUCAUUCUUUUGACAGUAAAAUGUUUUCUCUCUCAUACAGCUGAAGUGAGCUUCUAGCUUACCUGCUGCCAAAUCCAGUCACAGUUCAUCAUAGCCACUGCUGGGGGUACUUGAGGUUAUUUAGUGGACUGUACUGGAACUCAGAGCUUGUCUUCUCACAGUCAAGAAGACUCAAAGUUUCUGAAACCCCAGCAAGACACACACUUUGUCAGCCAGGGCAGGACAGGUUGUGUUACCUUGUGAGCAUGUUGUGAACUGGUACAAUUAGACACCGAGUGUGUAAUUCCACACCUGUACAGCAUCUGUGAAUGGAGUUGGAUUACUUCCAGCCCUGUGGACAAAAGCCGUUUACUUGCUUACACGUUCUGCCAUAAAUCCAAGAUACUUUUCCUGCUUGCUUUUGCCCUGCUGCUGCAUUACACAGCAAAUGACCUCCCUGUUUCCAUCCCAAUACUGGUGAAUGAUGAGUUUAACAAGAUUUAUCCUGCCUAUGUAUUUGUCUAAAGCUGUUGCCUUUAAUCCAGCCACUGAGAAGAUUAUUCUUUACCUACUGGAAAACACAGUGUCUGUGCUUUAGUGGGGCUUGCCUGGAAUCUGAAUGUGCCUCUGUUUAUGAAAGUGAAAGUUACUGUCUGAGAGAGGAAAAAAAUGUGUAAAACUAUUUAUUGCUAGUUUCUGAUUUGUUCCAUAUCUCUUGCAGCUUGAAUGAGAACUCAUUGUCCAGCUUUCCAAGUCCACAAAAUUACUUUACCUUAAGUUCAUUAAUUACCCAGCUUUAAUUGUUUUCCUCAGUCUUUUUUUUUCCCCACAGGUUUCUAAGGUGAUUUAUUCAAAAUGCAUUAAGUAACCUAUUAAGAACUGUUCUUAAAUGCAUUUUCAGUAUUUUAUGAUAAAAAACCAUCUUGUGGUGCUGAUUCUCAAACCAAAAAUGGAGCAGCUUCAUCUUGCUACAUCAUUCAGGCAUGUGAAAGAUGUCAAUAACAGAGAGGGUUUGGAUUCCAUACAAAUCUUUCUCUAUCAAGAAAAGGCUUUAAUUAAAAAGCAAGUGUGUUUUUUCAUUUUAAGGUGCUGGAGCUCUUUAGCAUUUGGCAGGUCAAUAUUCAGCCUGAUGCUUCGAGUGUUAAGGUGAAAGCUGCCCAUUUAUGACCUGUAAUGAAUAUUUCAUUUUCUCUCCAUAUAUGGAAACAAUAAAAACUCAAACGCAAUGAAAAUUAACUGUAAGAAUGACACUAUCAAUCUUGAAGAAUAGCAUUUAUUAGUAUCACCUAGAAAAUGUAUCACAUGCCACCUGCCACCAUUUAGACCACUUCAGAUACUUUACACAGCUUUAGUAAAAUCAGAAUGUUUACAAUUAAUCUUUCAACCAACAUAGAAAGAUUUAGACUUUUUAUUGGAGCAGUGAAAAAAAGCUCAUCUUUGACUUGCUCUCAAUAACGUGAGAUACAUGAAAUCAGUGCCCAAAGACACAUCUCUUCCCAGCCCUUCCCACUAAAAUUUAGAGUACGAAGCAGCUGUUUUCUGAUGGUGAAUGCUCCAAUUGCUGUAUGCUCACUGGCAGAAACAUCUGCUUUUGCAGAUCGGUUUGCUCCACAGCAGUCACACAAUUUAGAAUGCUGCGAAGAAAACCUGCCUCAAAUGAAAUCAAUGCAGUCUUCCCAUAGUUUUCAAGGGUGUUGGGAUCAAAGGUGCCUAGGUUUUUACAUGCCAAUCAACAGAAUACCGUAAGAACUCUUGGAAUGUUUUAUCUUUUAAUUUUGGGGAAUGUAAUGACAAAUGAAGGCAAGCUGUAUGAUUACUAAUGUAACUUUUGGUUGUGAAGGCAGUACUUCUUAAACUGAAAUCCUCUGUUAAUAGUUGUCAAGAAUAUCCUUUCCCCCUUUUUACUCUAAGUACUACAAAUUGAUUAGAAUUUCUGAAGGAAAAGUUUAAGCGAAGUCUAUGUUCUUCUACACACUUAGCACUGACAGGCCAAAAUUUCAUGAACCACAGAGCAGUAUCACCAAAACCUGACAACCACAGGAGAUCAGUCUGCUGAGAUGCAUCAAGGUGCACGUGUCACUGUCAGUAUGGAUGGUGUUUGGGAAUUCUGGAUAUCAUUCCAGGAACAUUUGCUUGAACAGCAUUUUUAACUGUUGGCCACAGUUUCAUAAAUUCCCAUACAUUUUAGUCCCUGCUGUUUCCAAAAUAGUAUGUUCAGUGAAUGAGAGCUCAGGUUGAAAAAUAAUUAAUAGUUGAGUUUUUGCUCUCCUAUCCAAUAAAAACUGGGUAUACUGAGGAAAGUGACUAUGGGUAUCCUGUAUCAGCUGUAUAAAUUGUACUAUUUAAGUGUUGCAUGUAAGUGCUACAAUCCCAACUGGAUUAACCUUAUUCUGGAUUGGGCCUUGACUCAGAUUUUCUUCAUACUAAAAUACAGACAGCUAAUGUUGAACUAAUUGAGUUGCUUGCAAGAAGACAAACUUCUGUUGUGGUUUUACAGUCUUGCAGCAGGACAAGUCAGUAUGUUGGUGCAAAAUCGAUCGUGUAUAAUUGAAGAAAAUUGCUUAUAUGUAACCAGAAAGUACUGAAGUGAUACCAGAAUAUAUAUACAUCCAACUAUGAAAUACCUUGUAGUAAAAAAAUCCAGAGAAAAUGUGAUAUCAGUGAAACUUGUCUGAAAUGACCAAUAAAAAUAUGCUGCUUAAAUUAA